AUGGCAAGCGGCCCCCCGGGCGCCCGCGGCUUCCACCGGGGCCGUUCUCGGCCUCCGCGCAGCCCUCCCGGGGCCGGGCCGGGGAGCGGGGGCCCCGCCGCCCGCCUGCUCCCCGCGGGUCGGAGGGGGGACACCGGGGUCACCCCCAGCCUGCUCCCCGCGGGUCGGAGGUGGGUCCCCGGGUCACCCCCAGCCUGCUCCCCCGCGGGUCCGGGAGGGGGGUCCCGGGUCACCCCCAGCCUGCUCCCCGCGGGUCGGGAGGGGGUCCCCGGGUCACCCCCAGCCUGCUCCCCGCGGGUCGGAGGGGGGGACACCGGGGUCACCCCCAGCCUGCUCCCCGCGGGUCGGAGGUGGUCCCCGGUCACCCCCAGCCUGCUCCCCGCGGGUCGGGAGGGGGUCCCCGGGUCACCCCUGCCUGCUCCCCGCGGGUCGGGGCCCCCGGCCCGCCAGGGGGCGCUGGACGGGGGUUCGCGGCGGACCUGCGGGGGCCCGGGCGGCGGGGCUCCGGGCCGGUCCCGACCCGGGCAGGGAGGCGGCGCGCGGAGGGCGCCCCGUCUGCCCCGCGCGGCCCGGACGGCGCCCCCCGGCCCCUCCCGGCGCUGCGAGCGGGUCUGGGCGGCCCGGGCGGCCCGGGCGGCGGCGGCGGGGCCUCCGGGGGGGGCGAGGCUUCACGCACGGAGGUCCCGCACCCUCCAGGCCCGUGCGCACGGCGGGGCGCCCCCCACCCUCCCAGGGUGCCGCGCGAGGGGACCGCGUCCGGGCCGGCGGAGGAGCCCGCCCGCCCGCCCGCCCUCCCCCGGGGGCCGGGGCGCCCCGCGACCCCUCGAGCCCCGGCCGGCGAGGCCGCGGAGACGCCGAGCCCGGGGAGCGGGCGCGGAGGGCGGGGGCCGAGCUCCGCCGAGGGUGCGGGCGGGGAGCGCGCCCUCCCUCCCCGGCCCCCGGCCCGCAGCCGGGCUCCCCGCGGGCCGCCGGCGCCUGCGGGCGGCGUCCGCCCCCCCCCCCCCGCCUCCGCGCCCCGCAGGAGCUGCGGGGUGUUCCGUGCUCCGGCCGCCCGCGCCUCCCCCCGCGCCGGCCGCGUCCCCCACCCCCGGACGGCUCGGCCCCGGCCCCGGGCGCCGACCGCCCCACCGCCCGACCGCGAACGCGGGGACCGGGCUGGAGCUCCGGGAGAGGCUCCGGGCCCCGCGCCCGCGCCCCCGCCGCGGCGGCUCUCCGAGUGCCCGGGAAGGGCCGGGGAGGGCGCUGCGGGGCGGGCGCGGGGGUCCAGGGCGCCGCCCGCCCCUCGGAGCGCCCGCCCGCCGCCCAGGACCGCCGCUCACCUCCCCGGGCGCGCCCCGCGUGCGCCCCGCGGCCCGGCCGGCCUCCGGCGUGGCGAGCGCGGCCCCGAGCGGGCUGCAGCGCCCCGGGCGCGGGGGACGGGAGCGGGCGCCCUCCCGGGACGCGGAGGACGAGGCCGCGGGACCCUGCGAGCGGGGCCGGCCGCGCGUCCCGGGCCCGGCGAGGUCUGCGCCGCCCGCCGCCCGCGCCGCCUUAUAA